AUGAAAUUGACAUCACAGCAGAUAAAUGAUGCUCCUAUAAUACUAAAUAUUGAGAAUAAAUUAACAUUACUACUACGGAAUCUCAACAUCACGGAAAUCAAUAACCUACAAAUAACCAACAAUAAAUUUCAAGUGAUAGAUUUAACAAACAAUGAUUUAAUCAAGUUAGAUAAUAUACCCAAAAAUUUUGAUAAUCUAGAAACGCUAUUGUUAGCAAAUAAUAAUAUAACGUACAUCGAUGAAGAAUACUUCCCACUGGAAAACCACAUCAAGUCAAUAUCAUUAAUGAAUAACAACAUCUACAGAUUUCAGAAAUGUUUUUACGACAAAUUUCAAAAUCUCGAGAAUUUGAUACUAUUAGGUAAUCCAAUAACAAAUUUGGAGAAUUACAGAUUAUUUAUGAUUUGGUUAGUGCCGAGUUUGAAAGUACUAGACUUGGAAAAAGUGAAACCAAAAGAAAAAGAAGAAAGUGAAAAAUUGUAUGGUGAAAAUAGAAUUCAAUUCGGAGUAAAAGCAGAGAAAAUGAUCAACAAGUUUAAUACUAUUUCAAAUGGAGUCUCCAAAGAUGAAAAACAGAUGAAUACAGUCGUUAAGAAAUUGACUGAUCAAGAGAAGAAAGAGUUAUUGUCAAAGUUACAAAAUUGUGAUAGUAUAGAAGAAAUUGAGAAGAUAGAAACAGCUUUACGAGAAGGUGUAAUAUAG